CUAACACCACACAUAUCAUUGAGCGUGGGUUCUCUUAUACUAGCUAGCUGGUGCACAGUUCUAGGCAGCAUAAACUUCAAAUUUACCUAACAAUUAUUUCGAUAUGAAUUAGGAUCAACUUAUUUUCACUUUUCGGGCAUUUACCAGGAACUAUUAGAACAAAGUUAGCUGAAAGUAUUGGGUGUAUUUGUGUCUUCGAUAAUUUCGUUCGGAUAACUUCCCUUAAAAGCCAUCCACCAUGACUAAUAGAGCUUUAUCGGCUAGAGUUGAAGAACUGGAACUGGAUUUGGAAAAUGAACGUCAAUCAAAAGUUAAGAAAGAGAAACAGAUGGUAGAUCUUAGUCGGGAAAUCGAAGAGCUUAAUGAACAAAUUGGUGACCUUAACGCCAGUAAGAAUGCAUUGGUUGAUUUGAACAAACGACGUGAGCAAGAAGUGAUAAAAUUGAGACGAGACGUAGAAAACAAUCAACUGCAGAAUGAAGCUGCGAUGGCUAACCUGCGACGGAGGGCGCAAGAUGCAAAUAAGGAGCUAUCAGAACAAAUUGAACAGCUCCAUAAAAUAAAAACCAGGUUAGAGAGAGAAAAACAGCAGGCGAAACUUGAAGCAGAUGAAUUUGCAGCUCAACUAAGUCAAGUGACUAAAACAAAGCAAGGCGUGUCCGAAAAGAUGCAAAAACAAUAUGAAUUGCAGAUCAGCGAGCUCACCAGUAAAAUUGAUGAAUUAAAUCGAAGUAACAACGAACACUUAACCAAUAAAAAUAAAUUCCAACUAGAAAACUUAGAACUGGUAACCAAGCUAGAGAAAGCAGAGAACCGCGUCAACGUUCUAACAAAAGAACGAGAAAGUCUCAGUAGUCAGAUAGAAGACGUGAGACGGUCACUAGAAGAAGAAACCAAGCAACGUCAAAGAGCCCAAAAUGAGAUUCGUGAAAUCCAGAUGGAACUAACGACAGUUCGCGAACAAUUGGAGGGGGAGCAAGAAGGUAAAAAUGAAAUUCAGAGGCAUCUAUCAAGGGCUAAUGCAGAAGCUCAACAAUGGCGUACUAAAUUCGAAGAGGAGGGCGUAGCUCGUACAGAGGAUCUUCAAGAUGCCAAGCGAAAGCUUUCAGCUAAACUAACAGAGGCUGAACAAAAUGUGGAAGCAGCUAACGCUAUGAUUAGCAAUCUCGAGAAAGUGAAAACAAGACUACAGGGUGACGUAGAAGAUCUUACAGUGGACAUAGAACGGGCCAAUUCGAAUGCCUCUAGUUUCGAGAAGAAACUGCGUGGAUAUGAUAAGAUUGUCACGGACUGGGAGGUCAAAUACAAGAAUCUGGAAGCGGACCUUAAAAACGCCCAGAUGGAAAUUAGCACCUAUUCAACGGACCUUAUUCGCUCUAGAGCAAAAGAAACCGAGGCUCAGGACACCAUAGAAUCACUUAAAAAAGACAUAAAUAACCAAUCAGUCGAAAUACGCGAUCUUACAGAUCAAGUGACUGAAGCUGGGCGUAGUAUUCAUGAGUACAAAAAGGCGAUAAAACGACUUGAAAACGACAAGGAAGAAUUACAGGCUGCCUUAGAGGAAGCUGCAUCCGAAAUGGAACAAGAGGCAGCCAAGGUUACCCGGGCGGAAUUAACAAUAGCUGAAACCAGACAGGAAAUUGAAAGACGACUUCGUGAAAAGGACGAAGAGUUUACAAAUACAAGACGUAAUCAUGCCACUAACAUGGAAUCCAUGCAAGCCUCUCUGGAUGCUGAGAUCAAAGGUAGAGCAGAGGCCGUGAAAUCUAAAAAGAAAUUAGAACAGGACAUUAACGAACUGGAGAUAUCGUUAGAUAAUGCCAAUCACGAACGAAGUGAAAUGGAGAAGAACAUGAGACGAUACCAACAACAAGUAACGGUAAAUAUCAAUCUAUAA